CACAAAUAUUUGUUGGGCCUCAAACCCAACUUUCGGAAGGUCCAAAAUUGAAACCCAAAAGUACAUAAAAACCCGAACCGCUUCUGUUAUUUUGCAAACCCGCUUCUCUGCGUUUUUGCUUUUAUAGCCGCUUCAAACUCCGCCACAAUCUUGGCGCCCUCUCUCUCUUCUCCGACGCAAAACAAUGUCUCCUCUCGCCGAGAACGACGAGCUUUCUUACUACGACGAACAAGACGACGAAGACGACGAUGAUGACGACGGCUUCAACGCCGACAUCGAGGCCCUCCGUCGCGCCUGUAUGCUCACCGGCAAAGACCCCGACGACAUCACCACCAAAAACGACGACGAAAACCCUAGCAGCAACCAAAACGACGACGUAGACCUCUCCUCGGCUCCCAAUUCCGACUCCGAUUUCGACGAGGACCUCGAGCUGCUCCGCAAAAUCAAGAGCCAAUUCUCCAACACUUCUCUCAAGCCUCUUUCGCUGAAGCCUCUCUGUACUUUGCUUCCGCCUUCUGCCUCCGACGAGGAGGAGGACGACUACCAGACGCUGCUCGCCGUUCGGAAACGUUUCGCCGCCUACGAGAACGAUACUCAGGAAAAAAGUGCAGAGCAGAUUGAUCCUUCUUGCAAAUCAGUUGAGGAAACUUGCAAUGAAGUACCUGGAACUGAUGCUCAUGAAAGGUUUCUUACUCUGGUCACCGAUAAUGAAGAGGGACAGCCUUCCACUUCCAUUGAGUGGGUUCAGUCAGAUUCUUGUGAGCCAACUCUGUUGCCAACCAAAAGUUCAGGGUUCCCAAAGUCUGCACUGGCUUUUCUGGAUGCUAUUAAUAAGAAUAGGUCCUGUCAGAAGUUUCUUCGAAGUAAGCUUAUCCAAAUCCAAGCGAAAAUUGAGGAGAACAACAAACUGAAGCAGCGUGUCAAAAUCCUUAGAGACUUUCAAGCUCAUUGCAAAAGACGAACAGGAGAGGCGCUGUCCCAAAAGAAGGAUCCUCGUGUCCAGUUAAUUUUAACGAAAAAGCCAAGGGCUGAUUCAAAGGCUCAUGACAGAGCUAUCUCAGCUAUGUCUUAUGGCCCAGAAGAAAAUUCACAUGUUGCCAACUACAGAAAGGCAUCAACAAAAUUUCCACUUUCAUUAGAUCGAAAAAAUUGGUCAGAGGUAGAAAAGAAAGAUCUUCAAAAUGGAAUAAGACAGCAAUUUCAGGAAAUGGUGCUUCAAUCUUCCGUAGAUGAUUCAAGUUAUUCUGAGACACCUGAUGGAGACUCGAAUGACAUUGAUAAAAUUUUGGCUUCAAUCAAGGAUCUCGAAAUUACCCCAUAUAGCAUUAGAGAGUUCCUGCCUAAGGUUAACUGGGAGCAGUUGGCUUCCAUGUAUGUUCCUGGUCGCUCUGGUGGAGAAUGUGAAGCAAGGUGGUUGAACUGGGAGGAUCCCUUAAUCAGUCAUGGACCGUGGACAACAGAUGAGGAUAAGACGAUUCUGUAUCUUGUCCAGAAGAAGAAUGGGGUCAAUGAUUGGAAUAAUAUUGCAGAAGCAGUGGGGACUAACAGGACUCCAUUUCAGUGCUUGGCACGCUACCAAAGGAGCCUAAAUGCUUCCAUACUGAAACGGGAGUGGACCAAGGAUGAGGAUGCAAAACUUGCUUCUGCUGUAGAAGCUUUUGGUGAGGGUAAUUGGCAGUCUGUAGCUUCUGCUUUGAACGGACGAACUGGUACUCAAUGCUCUAAUAGAUGGAAGAAAUCACUUCAUCCAACCAGGACAAGAGCAGGUAAGUGGACUCCAGAGGAAGACAAACGCCUGAUAGUAGCUCAAAUGCUUUUUGGGUCAAAAAGUUGGAAUAAGACAGCUCAGUUUGUGCCAGGCCGAACUCAGGCACAAUGCAGAGAUAGAUAUGUCAACUCUUUAGAACCUUCUUUGAGGUGUGGUGAAUGGACUGAAGAAGAGGACUCAAGGUUGAUAGCAGCAAUUGAAGAAUAUGGACAUUGCUGGUCAAAAGUUGCUGCAUGUGUGCCUCACCGGACUGAUAAUAUGUGCUGGAGGAGAUGGAAGGUGUUGUUUCCGGAUGAAGUGCCCUUGCUCAGAGAAGAGAAAAGAAUACGUAAGACUGCUCUCAUCCGCAACUUUGUUGAUCGGGAGAAAGAACGUCCAGCCCUUGGCCCUAAUGAUUUUCUUCUACAAGAUGUUACCUCAAUGAAAACUUUAACUUAUCCUAGGAAGACGGGAGGAUUAAGCCAAGUUCCAAAGAAGAUUAAACCCAGGAGGCAUAGAAACGAUUCUCAACUUUGCUCUGAGGAAGAACCUGGGACAAGCAAUUCUGAGGUUGAGACUUAUGAUGGGGAAGAUGCCUCAAAGAAGAAGAAGAAGAAGAAGAAGAAAGUUCUUAAACAGCGUCAAAGAAGGCACAAAGACAAUGAACCCACAGGAGACUGUGCGGCUGUUGUGCCUGUACCAAAGAAGAUUAGACCCAGGAGGAACAGAAACAACGGUCAAAUUCCUGGGAUAAGCGAUUCUGAGGUACGGACAUGUGAUGGGGAUGAUGGCCCGAAGAAGAAGAAAGUUCUUAAACAGCGUUACAGAAGGCACAAAGGCACUGAACUAACAGGAGAGUGUAAGGCUAUUGUACCUGUUAGUAAUGAGGAUGACGCACACAAAGAACCUACAGAAAUGUCUUGUUCAGAUGCCCUGAAGAAGAAGAAAGUUCUGAAACAUCGUCACAGAAAGCACAGAGGCACUGAACCAACAGGAGAGUGUAAGGCUAUUGUACCUGUUAGUAAUGAGGAUGACGUGCGCAAAGAACCCACAGCGAUGUCUUAUUCAGAUCAAAUCAUAGGAACAUCAGAUGAAGAUGAUACUGUUUCUUUCUAUCUACAUAAAUCAAGGAAGAGAAAGCUUGAAGCUGGUCGACGAAAAUUAGUCAGAGGGCAAAAGCUUGGCCUCCAAGAACCAAUGAGGGGAGUGUUGAGAAUUUGUCCAGGAAGUGAUCAUGAGACUGAUGAUCCUGUUGUGGCUUCCAUGGGGAAAAAGUAUACAAAGAAGAGGCAUGCUCAAACUACCAAACAGCACGUCAUUUGUAAUGAUCCCGAUGCAGGAGAUCUACCUAAACAAGAGGAGGUCACAAUCAAACCUGGGAAGGAACAAGUGAGUGCUGGUGCAGACAGCGGCGAUGAUAUAACACUUGCUUGUUUUCUUAAUAGAUUAAAGAAGCGACGUGAAUCUGGCAGAGGAGAUAUUCAGAUGCCGAGGUGAUAUUAGGACUUGUCAUUUGUACAUGCACUGUACUUUUUAUAGGUAGAACUCCUUUAGACUAAAUUGUCAAGCCAUUCAAAAGGAUUGCUAAUCAUCCUGCUGCAAGUCAAUCCAGAAGGUAGUAUCUAGCCAUCCAUCUACCUUCGACAGUGUUUGUCUGUUCUGAUUUUGGGAAUCAUGUAUAGAAUAGAAAGAUAUAGUGCAAUUAUUCAAAAAAUAGAAAAGAAAGAUA